AUGUUUACUACAGAAAACCUCAUUUUUCGCGGAUUCGCAGAUGAAGAUCUAGACGGAAUCCUUGCUCUGCGUAGUGACCCCCUCGUCCAACGCACACAGUCAUUCUCAGCCAUCGCGCCUCCACCAUUUUCAAAGUACAAACAAUAUAUGAAGACAUUUGCGGAGGGCUCAUCGCUCUGGUUUUCAUUGGUACACAAGGAGUCAUAUGAUUAUGUUGGUUAUUGUUGCAUCAACUUGUUGGAGGCGAAGAAUCGGGAUGCACGGUUGGGUGUCACUAUUUCCUCCAGGUUCUGGGGGAAGGGAUAUGGAACGGAAGCCACGCGUUUCACUGUAAACCAUGCAUUCAAGUACUUUGGAUUGCAGCGUAUCUCUUUGGAUGUUACAGAAAGCAAUGUCAGAGCACGGACCGUUUAUACCAAAUUAGGUUUUAAGGAAGAAGGAAGGAAACGACGGGGGAAUUGGAUAGAUGGUCAUUGGGAAGAUAUUAUCGCGAUGGGAGUUCUGGACGAUGAAUGGGCCGAGUUACAUCCCAGCAUCGCCUAG